AUGCAAGUUAUGCAACUUUUAAUUUAUUACACGUGUCUUUUCGACAUCACUAAUUUCAAGAACUCCAAUCGAAACCAUGCAACCAGUAUGAAGUACACUUUUAAUUACUCGGGGUGCCCGAUGUACAUAGCUUUGAUUGUUGCAGUGGUGUUUACAGCUUCACAGGUACGCGGCUAUGUCCCCUACAUUGACUUCGAAGCUUACGAGCAGCUGACACAGAGCGACUUGAGUCUUCUAUUCCCAGUUGAUGAAAUCACAGGCCGGACAGACGGAGUGUUGGUGGACACAGUGUUUAGCAGUCAGAGUCUGGCGGGCACAGUGUGUGGAGACCACAUCCAGACCAUCUUCCAGUGUCUCUAUCACACUCACCAGAACAAAGACGAGGAGAAGGCUCACAAGCUCAGGUCUUUUCAAAUUAUUGACUCGUGGGGCAAAACCGAAUCCGGGAUCAGCCAGGGCAACCUGAACUGGCUGGGAAGACCCUCUCUGUGCACGGUCACAUUUCAGGUGACAGAAGGCACCCUAUCCUACUCGUUCGCAUUCCUUGCCAGCAUAGUCCAGUUCAAACUAGCCGGAGCCAACUACACAAGCCCCAUAAAGACCAAAAUCAACAUCGCGUUUUGUCUGCCUGAAGACUGUCAAGCGGGACAUAUUUUGAAGCUGUUCAAUGUGUCCCGAAAUAACUUUCAGUUGGAGCCCCAGAAAGUAUACUUCCCUGACAACGGGAAAUAUGAGAUAGCGUUUAUUCUGGCUGUGAUUGUUCUGGUGCUAUUCCUACUUCUUGUCAUAGCAGGUACUACAAUCGAUAUUUGGAUUCGAUGGUACAUUCACAAAAUGAACAGACAAGUCCGAGAAGAGAGGGGUGAAUCGGGUUCAAAAGGUUCCCUCGAAUCAGUAUUCUCAAACCAGACAUUCACAGAGACCUCAUCUACAAUAAGCCGACUACCCGAGAUCCUCGGCAACCUUGACGUUCGGCUUUGGGUGCAAGUCGUGCGAUGUUGGUCUUUAUACACAAAUGUCACAGUAUUCUACAUCGGUAAAAAGCGUCGAAGGUUCCGAUGUCUAGAGGGCAUCAAAGUCCUCAGUCUUUGGUGGAUAAUAUUAGGUCACACUGCUCUUUUCUUCUUUCUCUGUGACCCAAUGGUUCAGUUGGACAAUCUACAAUAUGCCUAUGAGGAACUGCGCACUGAUUUCCUCAUUGUGAUGGCACUCCAUGCUACGUAUGCAGUGGAUACCCUCUUAGUAGUCGCCGGGUUCCUGAUGACGUUUGUGCUGCUGGAGAGGCUGGAAAUGAGGGUGAAUCAUCUGAAUGUUCUUUUCUGGGUGUGGUACUUUGCCAGAAGGUACAUCAGACAGACUCUGGUCAUUCUCAUCAUAGUCCUGAUCACCAUUGGCAUCUGGAACGUUAUGGGAAACGGAACUGGGCCAAUGUGGCAACCGGGUUUGAAUCAAGUGGAGAACUGCAAUGACUAUUGGUGGACUAUUCCUUUGUAUAUACAGAACUUCAUCUAUACAGAUACACCAUGCCUGGGCUGGACUUGGUUCUCGGCAUGUGAUUUCCAGUUUUUCCUCAUCAUGGCAGGAAUCAUUUACUUGGCAUUCAGACGUCCCAUCAUCGGCAUCGCCGUCGUCUGUGCAUUAGUCGGCAUCUGCAUCAUCAUAACAUUCGCUCUCAGCAUGGCCUAUGAUUUGCCGCCAGGAGCCACCGCAGGCUUUUUCCACAAUGAACUAUACAAGAAUUAUAAAAACACGUGGCAGUUCUACAAAAUUAUCUACAACAAACCUUAUACUAGGUUCGCCAGCUACGGCUGCGGAGUUGUUCUCGGCAUUGUUAUUUUUUCGUACCCACAAGCCGAACGUAACUUGCCUCGGGUCGCAGCUGUAUGUCUGUGGUUCCUCGCGAUUCUGCUCCAAAUGUUGUGCCUAUUUUGCGACUUUGGGCUGUUCAGUGGAAUGUUCCCAGGCACGGGUGGAGCAGCCGCAUUCAACGCUUUACUGCCUUUUACCUGGUCCAUGACAAUAUUUUGGAUAAUCUGGGCAUGCUGUCAAAAUUAUGGAGGCCCUGCGAAUACAUUUCUGUCCAUCUAUUUCUGGAAGCCUUUAGGCCGGCAAGCCUUUAUGAUCUACCUAAUCAACUGUUUAGUUAUCCAGUUUUACUACACUACAAACGAGGGUGAUUUCCACCUUACUAACUGGAGUUUGUUUGUGUUUUUCAUCGGAAACUUGGCGCUUUCACAUUUGAUAGCAAUGUUGUUCACAUUUCUGUUCGACUUUCCGUUCGGUCGACUCGAUGAAAUGGUGACUAAUUAUUUGGACAAACAGGCCAUAGAGGAGCAAGAGAGGGAUAAAGAGAGAGAAGGAGAGGACGAAGAUGAGGCUCCAGCCGGAACUGGAGAUGAAGGAACCGAAGGUCCGAGGCGUCGAACGAGACCAACGGAAGGGUCUCCCACUCCGACUGAAGAGCGGGCAUAG